AUGGGCUGGAAAAUGGAAUCGCUUCGUCUGGGUCUCUACCUCUCAAUUCCAUUGGCCGCAUUCACGAUGUCCAAUUGGCCCAGCGUUAUCGAUCACUAUCACAACGCCUACCGACUUGAUGUCUAUGGAAGGACUGGCGUGGACGUAUUUCCCUCCGACGUCGACUCAAUAGAGACCCUUCAGAAGAAGGCUGACAAGUUGCCUUGGUUUUUCAAUCUGUACCGUAUCAGGCGUGCUGAGGCCCCUACACUUCAGCAGCAGCAACAGCAGCAGAACGACGACAACUAG